CCUUACCUGUGAGCACAGCUGCUGCUUGCAGGUGUUUGUAGCUCCCCUGGCACGGUUCCUGCCCUGUCCCUGCAGCUCAGUAGAGCCACACCUGCCUGCAUGGAAGAGAGCUCAUCUGACACUAAUUGAAUUACCUGUGCCCAGGGGAUCAGGUUCCGUGGGCCUGGGAUCGCCUUACUGCCGGGCUGGGAGCUAGUGGGCAUCUAUAAUUCAGUAGGGAGAACUGCCAUUGUGCCCCCGAAAGCUGGGUGGCAGGAAGAUGCACCGGUCAGGCAGACAAAACAAAAAGGCCGGCGAGGAGGAGAAGUCCAUGGAGAACGGAGUGGCUCAGGAGCUGGGGGCUGCAGAGGCCUCACCUGAGGUGGGGAGAAAGGAGGACAGUGGCCCCACUGCCCACUCUCACGGCUCGCAGCCACCCCCACGGGUGCGGCCCAGGCUGGUAUUCCACACGCAGCUGGCCCAUGGCAGCCCCACGGGGAAGAUUGAGGGCUUCACCAAUGUGAAGGAGCUGUAUGCCAAAAUCGCCGAGGUCUUCAGCAUCUCUCCAACUGAGAUCCUGUUUUGCACACUCAACACCCACAAAGUGGACAUGCAGAAGCUGCUGGGGGGGCAGAUCGGCCUGGAGGACUUCAUCUUCGCACACGUCCGGGGCGAGACCAAGGAAGUGGAGGUGAUGAAGACGGAGGAUGCUCUGGGGCUGACCAUCACGGACAAUGGGGCAGGCUAUGCCUUCAUCAAGAGGAUAAAAGAAGGGAGCAUCAUCAACCGCAUCAAGACCGUGUGUGUGGGCGACAGCAUCGAGGCCAUCAACGACCAGACCAUUGUGGGCUGCCGCCAUUACGAAGUUGCCAAGAUGCUGAGGGAGCUGCCCAGGUCCCAGACCUUCACCCUCAGGCUGGUGCAGCCCAAAAAGGCAUUUGAUAUGAUUGGUCAGAGGACGAAGAGCAGCAAGUGCCCAGGCGAAGGCAGGGUGACCAGUGGGAAGGAAACGCUGCGACUCCGCACAAAGGGCACUGCCACCCUGGAGGAGCUGCCCAGCGAGUUCGAGGAGGAGGCUGCCCAGAAGGUGGACGACCUGCUGGAGAGCUACAUGGGCAUCCGGGACUCAGAUUUGGCUUCGACCAUGGUGGAGACGGCGAAGGAGCGACCGAGCCCUGAGGAAUUUGCCAAGGGCUUGGACUCGGUGCUGGGCGAGUUUGCCUUCCCUGACGACUUCGUGGCUGAUGUCUGGGCAGCCAUCAGUGAAGCCAAGGCGGGCAGGAAGUAGCAUGGUGCUGUGAGCACUUGUCCUGCGUCUCCCCACCUUCCCCAAUGCCGUUGGGUCUUCCUCCCCCAGCUCCCAUCCCUGAUGUGUCUCCCCUGUCUUCCACUCCAAGCAGGGGGGCAGGGGCUCAGCUCAUGAGGUUUCCCUCUGGGCAGUCUUCGGCCUGCGCCCUGGACCCCAGGGGCCUGUUCCCUGCAGAGCUCAGGCUG